AUGGCCGACAGCAGCGCUGAGACCGUGCAGCGUGCAGACCAUCAGCUGCAAAGCCUCCUGCGCCUCGUUCGGCCUCGUCUGCCUCGCAUCGUACCUUCGCACCGACCGCCUUCCAUCAACCUUGAUGCUUCUCCACCAACUUUGAUCCCCCUUUCGCCUUCGCACGCUUGCCUCAGCCCUGGCCCAGAACUAGCUCAUCUUCACUUCCGACUUCCUGCGUACGAGCUUCUCCUCGAUCUCGCCUCCACAUCCGCAUCUCCCAGCCCGCCCUCGCCAGCAGCUCGUCUCGAAUACAGCGGAACUAAUCCUCAACAGCAGCAACUCGCAAUCACACCCUACGAUUGCGGUCUCAAGCUCCCUAUCAGCCUAGCUCUGGACCGGCCAUGGACUUCUAAGCAUCUCCAAUUCAUCGAGCAGCAGGCGGGCCUUCAUCUCGAUCCCAUUGCAUCCACCGAUACCCUUCACAUUGCCGACGACCCUCCGUUCUGCCUCGUCUUUGCUACCCGAUCCGCACGAUCAGCACCUCUUUGA